GUUUCUUUUUUCUCAUUCCGGUUUUCAUUUGUUUACAGAGAGGCAAAAGUUCGAACAGCACGCACAGUAAAUAUUCAUCUGGUUCUUCUCUCACCCGUCCGUCUCAUUUUAAGUGGAGAAUUUAAAUCAACCAACCAGAAAUUACUCCGCUCGUUUCCUUUCUUUCAUCAGAUCCAAACCUGCAGGCUCUCCCAGAUCUCCGAAUUUCCUCCCCUUCGGAUGUUUGAAUCCGAGCUCGCUGACUGAAUCGGGAGGGAGGAGAGAAAGCACAUAGUUGAUCGGUCUCUUUCCGCCGCCAAAAUUUCGCUUGGAUCUGAUUGAGCUCUCUGGUGCAAGUUUCCGAUAAGGACCCAAUCAUGAAUCCCUUCUCGUCCGGCACGCGUCUCAGGGACAUGAUUCGGGCAAUCCGUGCUUGCAAAACUGCAGCAGAGGAGCGCGCCGUUGUUAGAAAAGAGUGUGCUGCUAUACGAGCUGCUAUUAAUGAGAAUGAUCAAGACUAUAGACAUCGUAACCUGGCAAAACUCAUGUUUAUUCACAUGCUGGGUUAUCCAACACAUUUUGGGCAAAUGGAGUGCCUGAAGUUGAUUGCAUCACCUGGAUUUCCUGAGAAGAGAAUAGGAUAUCUUGGUCUGAUGCUGCUUCUUGACGAAAGACAGGAAGUCCUAAUGCUGGUCACGAACUCUGUAAAACAAGAUCUUAACCACACAAACCAGUAUAUUGUGGGACUUGCCCUUUGUGCUUUGGGGAAUAUUUGUUCAGCAGAAAUGGCACGGGAUCUGGCACCAGAAGUAGAGAGACUGCUGCAAUUUCGAGACCCGAAUAUUCGGAAAAAAGCAGCCUUAUGUUCCAUAAGGAUUAUAAAGAAGGUCCCCGAUCUGGCAGAAAAUUUCAUUAAUCCUGUUGCAGCUUUACUUAAAGAAAAGCACCAUGGUGUAUUGAUCACAGGAGUUCAACUUUGUACAGAUCUCUGUAAAGUCAGUCCCGAGGCCCUGGAAUAUUUUAGAAAGGUAAAUUGUUCUAACUUAUUCCGUGUUUCGCUGACAGAUAAGCAGUCUAUUAAUUCAUGCUCAGCUUUUGGGGAGGGGUUGAAAUGCACGGAUGGUUUGGUCAGGACUUUACGAGAUCUGGUCAACAGCCCAUAUGCACCAGAGUAUGACAUUGCUGGAAUCACCGACCCCUUUCUUCAUAUUAGACUUCUCAAGCUCUUGCGCGUGCUAGGCCGAGGAGAUGCUGAUGCUAGUGAUUCUAUGAAUGAUAUACUUGCUCAGGUGGCAACAAAGACCGAAUCAAACAAAAAUGCAGGAAAUGCUAUUUUGUACGAAUGUGUUGAAACCAUCAUGAGCAUUGAAGACAAUGGUGGCUUGCGAGUGCUUGCUAUUAAUAUCCUAGGAAGGUUUUUGUCAAAUCGUGACAACAAUAUCAGAUAUGUUGCUUUAAACAUGCUGAUGAGGGCUAUUACUGUAGAUGCUCAAGCAGUGCAGAGGCAUCGUGCAACAAUAUUGGAGUGUGUAAAGGAUUCAGAUGCAUCAAUUAGGAAAAGAGCCCUUGAACUUGUUUACCUCCUGGUCAAUGAGAGCAAUGUCAAACCUUUAACUAAAGAAUUAGUUGACUACUUGGAAGUUAGUGAUCAAGAUUGGUUUUCUCCAGAGAAAAGUUGGUAUAUUGAUCAGAUGCUCAAGGUUCUCACAGAGGCUGGGAACUUUGUAAAAGAUGAAGUUUGGCAUGCCCUGGUUGUUGUGAUCAGCAAUGCUUCGGACCUCCAUGGAUAUACAGUGAGAGCAUUGUUCAGAGCAUUGCAGACUACUGCAGAACAGGAGAGUCUUGUUCGAGUGGCAGUUUGGUGCAUAGGGGAAUACGGGGACUUGUUGGUGAGUAAUGCUGGAAUGCUUAAUGUGGAAGACCCUAUAACAGUAACUGAGUCUGAUGCUGUUGAUAUUGUUGAGAGCGCAAUAAAGCGCCAUGCCUCUGAUCUGACCACUAAAUCGAUGGCAUUGAUUGCACUAUUGAAGCUAUCCUCACGUUUUCCAUCUUGUUCAAGGAGGAUCAAGGACAUAGUUGUGCAACACAAAGGAAGUCUAGUGCUUGAACUGCAGCAAAGGUCGCUUGAAUUCAACUCCAUAAUUGAGAAGCACCAGAAUAUUAGAUCUGCCCUGGUUGAACGGAUGCCAGUGUUGGAUGAAGCUACCUUUGGUGGAAGAAGAGCUAGUUCUUUGCCAAAUACUGUUUCAACUUCCAGUGGCACUGCAGUGAAACUUCCAAAUGGAGUUGCUAAGCCCUCUGCAGCUCCUCUUGUAGAUUUGCUUGAUCUUUCUGAUGAUGUACCUGCUCCUAGCUCUUCUGGGGGUGAUUUUCUUCAGGAUCUACUUGGUGUUAAUUUACCACCUGCCACACAAUCAGGUACAAAUCAAACGCCAAAGGCUGGAACAGAUGUUCUAUUAGAUCUGUUAUCUAUCGGAUCAACUCCUGCACAAGACAACAACUUAUCCACACCCGACAUCUUGUCUUCUGGACAAGAUAAUAAACCCAUAAUUGCCUCGUUGGAUGUGCUCGCGGCACCUUCCCUUACUCAUACCACUUCCUCUACAGCUUCCAAUAUGAUGGAUUUGUUGGAUGGCUUAGGUCCAGCUCCACCAAAGCCUGCGGAGAACGGUCCAGCUUAUCCAUCCAUAGUUGCAUUCGAGAGCAGCUCAUUGCGGCUAACCUUCAACUUCUCAAAGCAACCUGGGAACCCUCAGACGACAAUGAUUUCUGGCUCUUUCACAAACUUGUCAUCUAAUUUGUUCACAGACUUUGUUUUCCAGGCUGCAGUUCCAAAGUUUCUGCAACUUCACUUAGAUCCAGCUAGCGGUAACAGCCUACCUGCUAGCGGUAAUGGGACGAUCACACAGAGUUUGAAAGUCACAAACAGCCAACACGGGAAGAAACCACUUGUGAUGCGCUUAAGGAUAGCGUACAAGGUCGACGGCAAGGAUGUGUUGGAGGAAGGACAAAUCAACAACUUCCCUCGCGAUUUGUGAAGAAACCUACUCCCAGCAGCAUCAUUUGCAUGUAUGAGUUCUUCCUGUUUUGUCUUUGCUUUAGCCCCCACCCGGCUCCCACCGAGAACCUGCUCUUUACUUCUUCUGUAGGCGUAGCUUUAAGAUAAAUCUUUGGUGUCCAUGAUUGUAAUUUGAAGUUGAGAAAGGAGAGCAUGUUGUGUGGGUCUUUGGGUGCCAGAAUUAUAUUUUUUUGCUCAGAGAGUUUGAGAGAGAUAUAUGCAUAUAUAUGUUGUCAAAAAAUCAAAAUGAAUCACUUCUUUCACAGUUCUGGUUCUUCACUCCCCCAUUUUGAGGUUCACUCUUUUCUCUUUGAAUCCCUUUUUUUGGGUCUUGAUAGGCUGUGUACAAUAGUAAAGAAAAUACUUGCUGUAAGGAAUCGUGAGAUUUGGAUUUUUUCCUCUCCUUUUUGGCGGUUUGAGGCUCAUAUUGAAGGGAAACAUUAGUGUCAUUUACUGUGA